GAUAACAUUUAUGCGGUGAUUGAGAUGGAGCUCUCCUUGAUGUACGACAUCAUGUACACCAAGGCGAGGGUGGUUCACACCUGGUAUGGGCUCUGCAUUCGCUUCGUCUCGCUUCUCGCCAUAGCCACUACAACGGUCAACCUGAAGGAUGGUUACAAGAGAGUUGAUGUGGCUAUCACUUGCAUCUUGUUGGUCGGGGCCUUACUUCUGGAGGUAACAUCAGGGUUCAUCACAAUUGGGUCGACAUGGACAGGUUAUUUCCUGUACUCGCGGAGAUGGAACCUGCUGCAUCCUAUAACGGCCUCUCUUCGCCGGCUUGUAGUCAGGGCAGGAAUCGGGCAAAGAUGGUCGGAGACAGUACGCACGGUUGGACAGUUUAACAUGCUGGAUUUCUGCACGGGGGACAGCUAUAACCUCAAAAAGGUCCCAAUGCGUCGCGCCAAGAUUUCACCUCAACUCAAGGACUUGCUGCUAAACGAGUUGCUGAGGAUAGCGGACAGGCAUGAUGGUGCAGAGGAAGGUAUGUACUCCUUGAACCAGAACACAGACCUCCCCCUGUUCGAAGCUGAAUUCGACACCAGAAUUGUUCGUUGGCAAAUCGCCACCGAUGUCAUCCUCUGCUCGAUCAACGAGGAUGGCGAAGAAGACUACCAGGUGGCAAUCAAGAACCUCUCGGAUUACAUGAUGUUUCUCCUCGUAAAGCAUCCCGAAAUGCUUCCUGGCCAUAGCCGUGUGGCCACAUGUACGUAGAUGCCUUGCAAUGGAUCGCACUCUGUAAUAAGAACGUCGAGCGUCUGGACAAGGAGGCUUCAAUAAUGCGGAACUAUAAGAAGCCUUUAAUCACACGUGGAGCUCAAGUUGCCCAGUACAUGACUGAGAAACGCCAUUGACCGGACGAUGACUCUGGGGAGAACGCUACCUGUAAUCAUGGGGUUGAUAUCGCCAAAACUCUGCUCCAGAAGGGAUGGGGCACGCGCCGUCUGUUGGAGGCGAUAUUCGGGAUUUG